AUUUGAUUUAGCACCAAUCAUGGACAAGGAAGAAGAGACUAAGAAUGAGGAUAUUGAUGAGGAAAAGAAUGAAUGGGUUAGCCCAGCCCCUGAAACAGGUGAAGGCUUCUAUGAAGGAAUUCAAUCAGAACGCAGCCUUAAGAGUCAGCUUGACUGGGAGGACUUGAUUGGAUUCGUAGAAAAACAGAAGAAGAAAUAAUGAUAUGCUUGAGAUUGAUGAGCGAAUUGACCAAGAUACCAAAGAAACAAAAGCAGCGAUCUUAGAAGAAAGACUUAAAAUUCAAGAAGAAAUUAAUCUUAAGCUAGUAGCUAGGAUUAAAUUACUUGAAUAUGCAUUACAACAGAUGAGCUCAAAAAGAAACUCCGGGAGACCAGAUCUAGCUGGAGUAACUUCAGCGUACAAUGAUAAUCUUGGAAUUAAACGAUAGAA